UACGUACUUCCGUUGCUCUGACGCUCGCAGAAGCCGGGGCGUCAGGAGCGAGAGCGCCAAUUCCCCCGCCUCUGCGCCUCCCGAGGAGAAAUUGGAGCGGGGUUCGCGACACCGCGCCGGGCAGGCGCUGGAGCCCCUCGCGCUGCGCCGCCAAGGGCGCGGCGCGGAGCCGGGCGCCGGCUGAAGGGGUGCGGGCGCGGCGGGCAGCGGCGCCAGCCUCGGACCCGCGACUCUGGGCGAGGGCGGGCUCCUCCCGGGAGGAGCCGGAGCCGGAGCCGGAGCAGCAGGCCCCGGGGCGUCCCCGCCAACCAGAGCGCCUUCCCCGCCUGACUCACGGGCGUCCCCACACCCACAGCCGCAGCUCCCGGGCUGUCACUUCUGCGCGCCGCCUGGAGCGGGGCCGGGGCCGGGAGCGCUCCGGGAAGUCGUCGGGGAGGAUGCCCGGGCGCCGGUUGUGUCCGGGAGCUGCUGGCCGGCGCUGGCGAAGGCGGCAGUCGGGAUAAGGCUGCCCAAACUUUCCUUCUUAGCGGCGUUGGAAGAAGCGUCCCGCUCCGAGGCUCGCGGAGAGCCCCGAGAAGACGGGGGCGCCCGGAGGUGCCUGGGCCGAGCCUGCGCAGGCGGCGUUCUCGGGAGCCCUGGAGGUGGCCGAAGGGGCAGGGCCAGUUGCCGGCGUGCGUCCAGGCACAAGGAGGUCCAGCGGGCCCGACGCCUCCUUCCCCGCGCCCCACCGCGACCGUGACCUCCGCGCACCCGCCGCACACGUGCUCGCGGCCAAGGAAGAGGAACUGUCCGGUUGACCCGGAGGAGGCAGCGGCUCGCGGGCAGGCCAGAGGCGCAUGGAGGCGCCGCGGGGGCGGCGCGGCUGGCCAGCGGCGCGGGGGAGCGCGCACGCCGCGCCCCGGCCUCCCCGGGGACCUGGCCGGCCGCUGCCCGCACUUCCUGCAGCUUGCGGCUGCUUGGAGGAGCGCGGAGCCCGCUGAGCGUGCGCCAGACGCGUGGCGGGACAGGUGUAGCCCGGAGCCUCGGGCGCCACGCUCAGAAGGGCUGGGCGGGCUCGACUGGCCCGGAGUUGGCUUGCCGCUCGCGGAACUCCUGUCCCCGCCACGCAGGCCGGGCGGCCCGGCACUUGCGGCGAGGAGAGUCGCGGCGGUCGCACCGGCGCGGUCCUGAUGCCCGCUGCCCGCGGCGGGCCCCGCGCCGGCCCCAGGACCUAGCCGAGCGCGGUCGCUCCCGGCGCCUCCCCCCAUGCUGCUCGGAGCGUCCUGGCUGUGCGCGUCCAAGGCGGCCGCCGCUGCAGCGCAGAGCGAGGGAGACGAGGACGGCCCGGGCGAGCGGCGGCGGCGGCGGGCGGCGGGCGAGGACAUGGACGAGUCGUCGCUGCUGGACCUGCUGGAGUGCUCCGUGUGCCUGGAGCGCCUGGACACCACGGCCAAGGUGCUGCCGUGCCAGCACACCUUCUGCCGCCGCUGCCUGGAGAGCAUCGUGUGCUCGCGCCACGAGCUGCGCUGCCCCGAGUGCCGCAUCCUGGUGGGCUGCGGCGUGGACGAGCUGCCCGCCAACAUCCUGCUAGUGCGCCUGCUGGACGGCAUCCGCCAGCGGCCGCGUGCGGGCGCGAGUCCCGGCGGCAGCCCGCCCGCGCGCCCCGGCCCGGGCCCCAGUGCAGCCCCGGCCCUCGCCGGCGGCGGGGGCGGCGCGGCCGGCAGCGCCCCGGGCUCCCCAGUCUUUCUCCCCGCAGCUGCGGGCAGCGCCGCGGCCGGCCUGUGCGAACUGGUGACCAGCAGGAGCGCGCCCGUGGCCAAGAAUCUCUCCCAGCCUCCCUACGGCAAAGCCCUCUACAGCUACGAGGGGAAGGAACCCGGGGACCUCAAGUUCAACAAGGGGGACCUCAUCGUCCUGCGGCACAAGGUGGAUGAGCACUGGUACCACGGCGAGCUGCGUGGCGCCCAGGGCUUCCUCCCAGCCAGCUACGUCCAGUGCGUCCGGCCCUUGCCGCAGGCCCCACCGCAGGGCAAGGCACUUUAUGAUUUCGAGAUGAAGGACAGAGAUCAAGACAAGGACUGCCUGGCCUUUACCAAGGAUGAAAUUUUGACCGUCAUCCGAAGAGUGGACGAUAACUGGGCAGAAGGAAUGCUUGGGGACAAGAUUGGCAUCUUCCCCCUGCUGUACGUGGAGCUCAACGACUCCGCCAAGCAGCUCAUUGAGAUGGACAAGCCGUGCCCAGCCGCUGCGUCUGGCUGUGACGCCUCCUUGCCCUGUGACGCCGGCGCUGUGGCCACCGCGGCCCCGGGCCCCGCCGUGAGCAGCUCAGGGGCGGUCAGUGCCUUUCAGCGGCGUGUGGACAGCAAGAAGAAUACCAAGAAGCGCCACUCCUUCACGGCGCUCAGCGUGACGCACAAAUCCUCACAGGCCGCCAGCCACAGGCAUUCCAUGGAGAUCAGCGCCCCGGUGCUGAUCAGCUCCAGCGACCCCCGGGCUGCGGCCAGGAUCGGGGACCUGGCUCACCUGUCUUGUGCCGCUCCCCUCCAGGAUUCCUCCUCGGCUGGACCCGCCCCCUCGGCCGUCCCUCGAGCCGCCACCGUGGCUGGAGAGCACAGCACAUCUCCCAAAGUCCAGCUCCCCCUCAACGUGCACCUGGCGCUGUACGCCUACAAGCCCCAGAAGAAUGACGAGCUGGAGCUGCGCAAGGGCGAGAUGUACCGGGUGCUGGAGAAGUGCCAGGACGGCUGGUUCAAGGGCGCGUCCCUGAGGACCGGCCUCUCCGGGGUGUUUCCCGGCAACUACGUGACGCCCGUGUCCAGGGUUCCUGUAGGAGCGGCAGGGCCUCCCCGGAAUAAUGGGGUCGGAGGGUCUCCACUGGCCAAAGGGAUGGCCACAACCAUGCACCCCGGCGGUGGGAGCCUGAGCAGUCCGGCCACUGCCACCAGGCCCGCCCUGCCCCUCACCACGCCGCAGGCCCACGCCCAGCACCUGGCAGCCUCCCCACCGGCCGGCAGCUGCCUGCGGCACAUGGCCCAGCCGACGGCCAGCCAGGCCCGGAGCACCAUUCCAACAGCUCCAGCUGCCCACUCUUCGGCCCAGGCUCAAGACCGACCCACUGCCACCGUGUCGCCCCUGCGCACCCCAAACUCUCCGUCCCGCCUGCCUGCCACCAGCCUCAGGCCCCGCUCCGUUGCGUCCCCGCAGCACGGCCACCAGCCCCCAGCGCAGGUGUGCCCCCGGCCGGCCAUCCCUCUCUCGUCCGCAGCCUCAGCCAUCACACCUCCCAACGUCAGUGCGGCCAACCUCAACGGGGAGGCCAUCAGUGGCCUGUGCAUGUCCAGCCCCACCAACACAGGGUGCAAAGCCGAUGAGAAGAAAAAUGAAAAGAAAGAGAAGAAGAGCGGGCUGUUGAAGCUGCUGGCCGGGGCGUCCACCAAGAAGAAGCCGCGCUCCCCGCCGUCCGUCUCUCCGACCCACGACUCCCACGUGGCCGUGGAUGCCGUGCUGCAGGGCGCGGUGGGACCAGAAGUGUCCUCGCUGUCCGUCCACGGCAGGGCUGGCUCUUGCCCCAUAGAGAGCGAGAUGCGAGGGGCCAUGGGGCUGGAGCCGCUGCACAGAAAGGCUGGAUCCUUGGAUCUCAACUUCUCCUCGUCCCCUUCCCGGCAGGCAUCUCUGUCCAUGGUUGCCAUCCGGCCGGAGCCCAAGCCAUUGCCCAGCGAGAGGUACCGCGUCGUGGUCUCCUACCCGCCCCAGAGCGAGGCGGAGAUCGAGCUGAAGGAAGGCGACGUCGUGUUCGUGCACAAGAAGCGUGAGGACGGCUGGUACAAGGGCACGCUGCAGCGCAACGGCCGCACCGGCCUCUUCCCGGGCAGCUUCGUGGAGAGUUUCUGAGGACUGGGGCCCUGCACCCCGCUCACACCAAGCGGCGGCACGAGGUCCCUCCUGAGGCACCUGGCGGGGGCCACCCUGGACUGGGGCAGGGUUGGGGGUGUGGAGGUCGCGCCUUGGCCCAGACGCCUGGCUGAGGGUGGGCCUGGGUGCUUAGGUGCUGUGUGAGUCCUGGGAGCACGCAGGCUCCUGCACGGGCAGGGAGCUGCAGCCGCCUUGGGCACUCGCAAGCUGGCUGGGGCCAAGGGCCUUAGGGAACAUCUCUUCGGGCUGUCCUGGGCCGCGCGGUGGGGGUCCAGCAUCCCAGGCAGUCUCUAUAUACCUCAGGCACCUGCCACGGCCCAGGCGGGCCUCACCUGGGGAGGGCCCCCCAAGCGCUUUGGCGCGAGGCCGCUGCGGGUGGCCAGAGCGCAGUCCCACAUGGCUUUGUCUCCUGCCAGGAUUCUAAGCAACACUUUUGUUUUUGCCACCACUGUCCCUUGCUUCUUUCUUACAACAUCUUUUUAACAUAAAGCUGUUAGACUUUAUAUAUUUCUAAUAGGUCAGACAUUGCCUAUUUUCAUACAUCUGGUGCUGCCUUUUUUGUAAAACGAGUAAUGACUUGGUUGAGCUUGAAAGAAACAUGUCUGAGGCGACAUCAAAGGGGCAGGGAUUUUAUAUUUACCAUAUGAAUUCUGGAGCCCACUGGGAAGCCCAGUGCUGGGAGCUGGCCUUGGCUGGGCUCCGCGGGGCGGGAGCUGGCCCGUGUGGGUGGUUGAGAACCCAUUCUUUUAAGCCCUUACCAAAACCCUGCAGUCUGUCUAGACAGUGGUGAUUAUUAUUCAAGAACUGGAAACCUGUCAAGGGAAGGCCACUCUAAUUGCCCUAGUGUGUGGCAGUAAAAAGGACACGCAGUCAGCCCGAGCCUGGGGAGGCAGUCUUCCUGUCGCUGCCUCAGAGAGCAUGAUUGCAAUUACAGUCGCUCUCAAAACGGGAGUCCCGGUUACCAACGUGUGCGGUUUUUACCGCACUUCCGAUCCCCACCUUGCAAAGGUUUCCCUCUUCUUUUUAAAAAAUGCACGGCUGCUCCCUCUCGGGUAGCACUAAGCCGUCCUGUGCUGGAGAGCAGAGUGGGACGCAGGCUCCAGGCGCAGAGUCCGGGGCCUGCGCAGGGAGAGGAGCGAGGAGGAGAGGCUUGGAUCUACGGCUCUCCCCGAAGCGGGGCUGAAGGAUUCGUGUUCGUUAGCACGCGGGCUCUCUACCCGCAGAAAACAGACAGCGGAGCCCUGUCUUGAGUCAGAUUUGUUCUUGGGACCCACAGCUAAAGAAUACAUUUUGGUCAUCUCAAAGGCACAGCCCCUCUCUCUACAUGUGUUUUUACGGAAACCACCCAAACGUUAAAUGGCCUGAACAAAUUAGCCCCUGACAGAAGAGGAUCCGCUGGUUUUCAGGGCUGCGGUCACGUGCACAGGGAGCACGCGCUCUCGAGGGGCGUGGAGCCUUUGGAACCGGCUUGGUGGUUCUCAGAUCCUGUCUGGGCAUGUGGCCGGCUGGCUGUUCCUUCCAGGUGGCCCCCGCUGGGGGCUCCCUCCUGGACAAAGGCUCUUUUCCUCCCUGCAGAUGAGAGCAGGUGCAGUCAACCCGAGGCGUCUGUGCUGAGCAGAGAAGAAACACUUGUGGCUUAAGCAGAGCAGCCCUGUGCUGGCUCAGUGACAACCAGGAGAUGUCACCAUCAUUGCCAGAUCGGUCGCCCACCAAGCACAAAAGUCCCAUGCGUUUUUAAAAUUCCCGUUGUCAGCCAGCAGGUGCAUUGACGCCCUGAGUGAAACACAGCAAGACCAGAACCUACUCAGGUCUCAAGAUUAUAAGAAGUCUUUAUGGUUUUCAAGAGAGCAGUUGCCAAGCCUCAGGGGGACUGGCUCAGGCCUCCUCUCUCCUCCCAGGCUCAGCCCAGGCCGGGUGCUCAGAGCAGGACUAUGUUCAGCACCCCGGGAUGGGGCGGCUGCCGUCCUCCUGGCCCAGCACCCCGGCCCAUGGUGGAAGUGGGGCUGGUAUCAAGGUGCCUUUGGGAGACAUCAGCUGGCCUUUCUCGUGGCAAGGUCAAGGGUGAGCGUGGGCACUGCUUCAGAAAGGAGGAGGACGCCGGGGGCCCCGCCAGCACCAGGGCUUGCUCUCCGGCCAGGCCGGAGCGUCGACGGGCUGACGGAGAGCAGGGGAGCGUGCACCUGGCCGUGCAUGGGUGGAAUCUUUGGGCUAAGUUCAAGGCCCUGAGCCAUCAGGACAGUGCAGCCCCACAGACGGGGGAGAACCAGCCCUUUCCCUCAGGCUUUGAAGGGCACACAGGUUUGGGCUGCCCACAUGACACCAGCUCCUUGUUGGAACCUGGCCCUGCACGUGCACGGCUUAGCUAGCAGGACAUUUCGGAGGCAUGGAGAUGGGUGGGGGCAGGGAGUCCACAGCCAUGAUGGGAGGGUUGGCUUAUGCCCGGGAGACAGCCAGGCCUACCGAGGGCCUCUGGAUGGCGGGCAGCGGGCACAGAGGCGACGCGGGGCCGGCGCUCCGAACCGAGCCCAGCUGAGUGACUGGGAAACCCCUCGUACUUUGCACAGUUCACACACUCACCCCGAUGUUUCUGUUAUACACAAAUGUCAGCGUGUGGUUUUAGAAGAAUUGACAGUGAUGACAAACCCUGAUGCCUGUGUUUCUGAGUCUUUCAAUAAAAUUGAACAUGGA